AUGGAGAGCAAGAUCCGAGAGCUCCGCGGCAUCCUCAAAGACUCGGCCUCUGCGCAGCGCGCCGCGGACCCGCGCACGAUUGCGCUGCAGCACGCGCGCGUCGUGCAGCACCGCAAGGACCUCGAGGCCACCAUCCUCGACAGCCUGAUCCUGCUCUCCGAGUACCCGCCGACGCGCGGCCCGGGCAUCGACGCGUCGCGGCCGGCCGCGUCCGACGCCGCCGGCUUCAAGACGCACGUGCGCCUCUUCCAGCCCUCCGACUACGACGACCUCAUCGCCGAGCGCCACGUCAACGGCCUGUGCGGGUACGCGCUGUGCCCGCGCCCGCACCGCGACACGGGACCCGGCGGCACCUGGCGCAUCACCGGCGCCGGCCACAUCGUCAAGCGCGAGGAUCUUGAGCGCUGGUGCGCGCACGCGUGCGCCCGCCGCGCCCUCUACGUCAAGGUCCAGCUGCACGAGGCCGCCGCCUGGGAGCGCGCUGGCAGCCCCGACAUCCACAUUGACUUGCUCGACGAGGACCUGCUUGAUGCCGACGUAGACCGCGCGACGCAGCAGCUGGCUGACUUGCAGAUUGAGGAGCAGGCGCGCCAGGCCAGGGACGCCGCGGCGCUGGCUGCGGAGAGGGGCGAUCGCCCGCGCCGAGCGGGCGGCGCCGCGGGGAAGCAGAGGGUGCCUGUGUCGCUGCAGGAGAGGGAGACGCAGGUGCCGGAUUUGAAGAACCUGCGCAUCAGCGAAGACGACGACGACCAUUUACUUGUCGAGGGAUAUAAGACCAAUCUAGGCGAGUCUGCUCACCGAUAA